CGCCACAAAUUAACACCAGAAGAAGAAAGUAGUGGGGUGAUGGAGUCACGUGACACGGGUCAUGGUUCAGAUCAAUCAGCGCGCGCCUUUGUCACGCGGCGAACGGCUUGUUUGCUAGCUUAGCUACAACCGACAACGAAACGGUAAAAUUACGGGUUUAUUUUCGCGUUUCAGCUAAAGGUUGAAAGGUGGACUUCCGAACCUCCAGCUGAAUGUAAAAUGUUUGUGGAGACCUCCAAGGAAAUCUCCACAUGUUAGCGGAAAUCCCGCUAACAGCUCCCGCUCUACAGUUGGUGUUGUGGACCCUGCUGUUUUCAGCCCACUCCGGCUCCUGUUUACCAGCACUUGAAGGGAACAGCUUCACCAUAAAAGUCCAAUUAACCGUCAUGUGAUUACUGGAUUAUCAGAACCUUCAGCGACGGGUGUAACAUCGUGAACAAUAUGGCUGCUUCCAGAAAGCUCAAAGGUUAUGAAGCAGUUUUUACACCACAUCAGCUGGCCAUGCAGGGCUUGGACAGUUGGCUCUCUGAUCUUCCCUAAUCUAUCUGGAGGAGAUCUUGGGUGGUAGUGGAUCUAGAGGUGACUUCAUCCGGGAUGAGGACGGGUGAUAACGGUCCUUUGGCACUAAGACAGCAGUGGGAUUGAAGCUACGUCCGGCGUCCCUAAUGUUGUCUUUAUGGGAACUCGCAAACCUCGGAGGAGGAGAGGAAGACGAGCAGGUGUCCAGGUGAAGCUCAGACUGUUCUGGAAGCGGGGUCUGGUGGGAAUGCGACGCCGAGCGUGUCUGGUUUCCUGUAAUCUGUCGGUUUCCAUGGAAGAGGGUUAUUCUUCAAAGUACCGGCUUGGAUGUUCACGGCCUGGCUGUGUGAGACUCUGCUAUCUCAGGCGGGUUUUUCCAGACUCUCCUGCUGUUUGGCCUUUUGUCCCCUCGGUUAGUGGAAAUUACGAUGGUCGUGGCCCAAACCCUCAGUAUCUACGUCCUCUAACUCGAACAUCACCUAAACAUCGGACUUCCCUCUCGCUAAGCAUGGCGCUAUUUAAUGCCCGAUCAGUGACUAAUAAAUCGUUCGUGUUGAACGAUUUUAUACUCUCCCAAGAAUUGGAUUUUUUAUUCCUUACUGAAACCUGGCAGCGUGACUGACUUUUAUUCCCUCAUCGAGCUUUGUCCUGAUGACUAUUCCUUCAUCAGCUACGUCUGGGCGUGGAGGAGGUCUCGCUGCAGUGUUUCGGGACAGGUUCUCUUGUCGUUCAAUAAAGGUCGGUCACUUUUCUUCGUUUGAACUACAGCUGAUUAAAGUUGGAAACAAGGAUCCUCUGUACUGUGCUGUGGUGUACCGUCCUCCUGCCCGGAGUAACAUGUUUUUAAAGGAACUUGGUGACUUCUUAUCAUCCACUAUAAAGUUGUCCAGGCUAGUCAUAGUUGGGGAUUUUAAUAUUCACAUUGAUGAUGACUCUGACCUGUUCGCCAGAGGUUUUAUCAGCAUCGUGGAUUCUUUUAAUUUUACUCAGCAUGUGUCCUGCCCCACACAUGCUAAAGGACACACUCUGGACCUUGUUUUUACUUUGGGUCUAAAUAUUGAUUCUAUUUAUUCGAAAGACAUUUUUGUUUCUGAUCACCAUUGUAUUCUGUUUAACUUGUCUUAUCAUGUAACUCGGUCCCCUGCCCGCCGGGUAGUUAUUUCUCGCAUGUUAAACUCCUCUACUGCAGAUAAAUUCUCUGGCAGGUUUAAUUUAUUUUUAUCUCCCUGUAAUGAUGUUGAUCACUUAACAAAUCAUUUUAAUGAUCAUUGUUUGUCUAUUCUAGAUGAAGUUUGUCCUGUUAAAACCAGAUUAGCUCCUGCUUCAAAACCUUCACCUUGGGUAAAUGACAGCAUUCGCUGUUUAAAGCGUGACUGUCGUAAAGUUGAGCGUCUGUGGAAGAAAACUCGUUUACACGUUCAUUUGCUUCACUUAAAGGAUAUUUUAGUCUCUUUUAAUAAUGCAGUCAAAGAUGCAAGGGCAGCUUACUUCUCAAACCUGGUCAUAAAGAGUAGAGGGAAUCCAAAGGUGUUAUUUGACAUAAUUACUGAUAUCCUUACUCCUGCUCUACCUGUUGUUCCAAUUUCUUCAAAUGAGGAUUGUAAUAAUUUUCUUUCUUUUCUGGUAGAUAAAAUCAGUAAUAUAAGAUCUAACAUCUCCCCGUCUGGUUCUUCACUGACCGUACCUGCUCCAGCUCGGCCUGAUGUUAUAGAAAGUUUUUCUCCUAUUUCUUUAAUUGAGCUGGAAAAAUUUGUGGACUCAACGAAAGCAUCUUCUUGCUCUCUUGAUAUUCUACCUGCCUCUCUGUUCAAAAAUGUUUUCCGCCAUAUCAGUCCCUGUGUGCUUUUGAUAAUUAACACUUCACUGGCCUCUGGUCAUGUACCCACUUACCUUAAGAACGCUGUCAUUCACCCACUUUUAAAGAAACCCAAGCUUGAUCCUUCUAUUUUCAACAGUUAUAGACCAAUUUAA